AUGGCGGGUUCUAGAGCUGUGGUUAUGGUUGCUUUUGUGUUUGCAUUUGCAUUUCAGUCUGCCAUGGUUAAUGCAAACUUCUCAAAAAGCAUGUAUUUUAAUUGGGGUGCUCAGCAUUCUUCGGUUUCAAACAAAGGUGAUGACCUCCAGCUUGUUCUGGACCAAACUUCAGGAUCUGGUAUCCAAUCUAAGAGGGCGUUCUUAUUUGGAAGCAUUGAAAUGCUAAUCAAGUUGGUUCCAGGGAACUCUGCUGGAACUGUAACCGCGUAUUAUCUGUCUUCUACGGGCGCCAAGCAUGAUGAGAUUGAUUUUGAGUUUUUGGGGAACUCGACAGGAGAGCCUUACACGGUGCACACAAAUAUCUUCACCCAAGGUCUAGGUAACCGAGAACAGCAGUUCAAAUUAUGGUUUGACCCGACUGCCAAUUAUCACAACUACACCAUUCACUGGAACCCUACAGAAGUUGUAUGGUUUGUUGAUAGCAUUCCUGUUAGAGUCUUCAGAAACUAUCAGAGUGAAGGGAUUGGAUACCCAAACCAACAAGGCAUGCGGGUCUACUCCAGUUUGUGGAAUGCCGAUAACUGGGCUACAAGAGGUGGCCUGGUCAAAAUCGACUGGACGGCUGCACCUUUUGUAGCUAACUACCGUAGGUUCAGGGCUAGAGCUUGUAAGUGGAACGGGCCAGUUAGUAUUAGCCAGUGUGCCAUUCCCAGCCGGGCCAACUGGUGGACAUCUCCUGUUUACAACCAACUUACAAUGAGUCAACAGGGUCAGCUCAAAUGGGUUAGAGAUAACUACAUGAUCUACAACUACUGCACCGAUGUCAAGCGUUUUAAAGGUCAAAUGCCACCAGAAUGCUCCAAGCCACAAUUCUAA